AAGUUUAUUUAUUUAUUUAUUUUUGGCUCUGAUCAUUUUUAUAAUGUCAUGAUUGAUCUCGUUGCUGGAUGGUGCGGUUCAAGACUGAAAACUAUAUUCUCUAGCGUCUUUCUGAAAUGUCUAUGGAGAAAAUGAUUUGGAAAUUUACUUCCGGAACCAGGGUCGCUGGCUUACUGAAAUUUUCAGGGUUAUUGGUAUCUUGUUGGUAACUAGCUGUUCUGUGAACAAUACUUGAACUUCUGAUUGACGAUCUAACUUAAGGCUUUUACUUUGUAUUUAAUUUUCGACCAAGAAAGUUUAACUAAUUUCAAACAAGCGACCGUACGCUAUAAGAUGCCGCUAAAUAGAAAACUACAACAUCAACAAGAGGACAGCAUUUAUUGAACACCGACUCUUGUCCUCAAGGAAUGGCUAGUAAGUUGGUGGUUCACUGGUAAAGUCACGGCCUUCGGACCACUGAGCCAUAGAAUCGAAUCCCAGCUGAGACUUGGAACUAACUCACAAUGCAGCGCACAAGGGUGGUCGUGGUGGGGGCGGGUGUGGUUGGCCUGUCCACAGCAGUGUGCAUCGCAGAGGCCCUUCCAUCCUGCUCUGUGACGGUCCUGGCAGACAGGUUCACUCCAGACACCACAAGUGACGUUGCUGCCGGGAUUGUGAUGGGUGGCGCACCAAUCCCCGAUAUUCCUCUGCAGCAGCAGCACCGCUGGUUUAAGGACACUUUUGAUCACUUGCUAGAGAUUGCCAGGUCCCAGCAGGCCUCAGAAGCAGGUGUCCUCCUGAGCUCAGGGUGGCAGAUUUUCCGGGAGGUUCCCAGCGAACGCAGGCCCUUCUGGGCAGAUGAUGUUCUGGGCUUUCGCUUCAUGACUGACGCUGAGCUCAAAGGGUUUCCACAGUACAAGUUUGGCCAGGCCUUCACCACUGUCAAGUGCGAGUGCCCCAUUUAUCUCCCAUGGCUUGAGAAAAGGUUUAAAAGGGCCAGGGGUCUGCUCAAAAAGGGCAGAGUGUCAGAUCUCCAGGAGCUGUGCCAUAACUAUGAUAUAGUGGUGAACUGCUCUGGCCUGGGAGCUCGGGUGCUGGCAGGGGACAGCGGGGUGCACCCUGUCCGAGGGCAGAUCCUCAGGGUCCAUGCCCCCUGGCUCAAGCACUUCAUCCGGGACAGUGACGGGCACACCUAUAUCUAUCCUGGCCGGGACAGCGUCAAGGUGGGGGGCACCCGGCAGGUGGGCGACUGGAGGCUGGCGGCUGACAAGGGUGAAAGCGAGGCCAUCCUGGAGCGCUGCUGCCGGCUGGAGCCGUCGCUCAGGGAGGCCGUGCGCCUGGGCGAGCUGGUGGGCCUCAGGCCCGGCAGGGCAAGCCCCUGCCUGAAGAAGGUGCUGCUGGAAACGCCAGCAGGCCGAAGGGUGCCCGUGGUGCACAACUACGGCCACGCAGGGUGGGGAGUGUCCUUCAGCUGGGGUAUGGCACUGGAGGCACUGAAGUUGGUCAGGGAGAGCCUGAUCGAGCUCCCACCCCCCUCACGACUCUGACUGUCCAGUGGUGCACAAGUCACUGUCUAGACCAGUGGUUUCCACCCCUGGUCCUGGAGAGCUACAGGGUCUUCUGGUUUUUGUUUUCACCUUAAAAUUAGCACCCACUUGAGACCCAAGACACCAGGUGAGUUGAAUUAACUGUGUAAUCAACUGCACUAAUUGAUUCAUGAAGUGCAGAGUCACUAUGAAAAACAGCAGACCCUGUAGCUCUCCAGGACCAGGGUUGGAGACCACUGGUCUAGACCAAUAUAAACCAGACAUCAUUGAAAUAAACAGUAAUCUAGACCAGUUUGCAGACUUCGUCCUGGCCCCGAAGUGUAAACUUGUUUUUUGUUACAACCAUCAUUUUAAGGAAAAAAUUUGGGAAGCUUCAGCGAAUGCUUUCACAACAACUUUUAUUGAUUGAGGUUUAACAAAAAAGUGUGGGUGCUGGUUUUUGUUUUAGCCCAACACUAUGACACCUGAUUCAACUACAGUAAUUUGCUAAUCACGAUCUUCAAUCAAGACCUUGAUAAGUAGAAUCAGGUGUCUUAGUGCUGGGCUAGAACAAAAACCUGCACCCACAUCGGCCCAUUUUGGAUAAGAUUGGACACCCCUGCACUAUACUAUAAAAUCCCUUUUGCUACUUUUAACACUAUACCAGGGCUGCCCAAUCCUGCUCCUGGAAAUCUACCAUCCUGUAGUUUUUCAUUCAUUCAUUCAUUCAUUCAUUCAUUCAUUCCAACCCCAACAAAGUGCACCCCAUUCAACAGCUAAAGAUCUACUUGAUCUGCUAAUUAGUAGAAUCAGGUAUGCCAAAUUAGGAUUGAAAUAAAAACCGACAGGACAGUAGAUGUUCAGGAACCGGAUUGGGCAGCCCUGCACUAUACCAUCAAACUCCUUCUUGCAUCUGCUAUGCUUGCUAUGACAGCUUGCUUUACCUUGCUUUACUUUUUCAAAUGCACUUUGAAAGUCACUCUAGAUAAGAGCACCUGCUAAGCAUCUAAAUGGACCUAUAAUCUUGAAUAUGUACUCUGAACUUUGUUUUUCAUGUAAAACGUCAAUUUAGUAUUAAAUGUAUUCUUAGACAGCAUUUGAUGUCACUGAAACUUUGUGGGUUCUAACUGACACUUCCAGCUACUGCUGCUUUUACCUGCAGGCUUAAUGGUAAUAAUCUCUUCUGGUUGGGCACCUAAUUCACACAAUCACAGAAAUGGCUCAUAGAAAAUUAUAUGAAGAUGUGUUAAGUGUUAAAUUCAAACAUUAUUCUGUAUUUAACUUAAAUUUGCACUUCUGUUAAAUUAGGUGUAAUGUUUGGUGAAGGAUGUACAUCCAUGGAAGAAAAGCAAUGAUGGUGUUAUCACUAAAAUAUGUGUUAGUAAAAUGAGAUGAGUGCUUGCAAAAUUACCAAUGAAAAUACACAUUCUAUUUUACAUAAAAAUUUAUGAAUGUUCAUAUACACAUAAACACGUGUCUGUGUUUAUGUAUAUAUGAACAUUCAUAGAUUUAAGGUAUGCAAAAUCUAAAUCCCACUACAAGUAAGAAGCAAGUGUAAUUAUGAAUAGAGGAAGAUAGGGGAUUUAAUGCUGGUGUCUACUUGCUUUGACAUAAGCUUAAUAAAAUGUGGUCACACAUUCCCUUUG